GCAUGACCCGGAAGUGAUAGCGUGGUGUUUACAUGCGGCGCUAACCUCAAAUCGUCACAGCAUUUUUUUUCUUUUAAAAUCUUUUCUCGUAAGUGUCCUAAACGUACUAGAUUAUAGGUAAAUACAGUUUGAUACUUGUUGAUAAAUAGUUCAGAGAAAUUGUGAAGAUAAGGCUUAAUACAAAUUAUCAUAGCUUGUUUGUUGCACAGAAAGGCUUAACAUGCCCCUGUCAACUCAAUCUCAGACGGAUGAUGAAUUCUACGUGUUCGUCGCUACAUUGGAUAAUGCCCGGAAUUUGUCAAACCUCCUGAAAGCCAUUGCAUUUAAAGAUCAUGCCAUUUUCAGUGCGACCCCAAAUGGUCUUAAAGUCACCGUAGAGGACUCGAAAUGCAUGCAAGCCAAUGCCUUUAUCCAGGCCGACAUCUUCCAGGAGUUUACAAUUAAAGACGAUUUGGUGGGCUUUCAGGUUAAUCUCACUGUUCUGCUAGACUGCCUUAACAUUUUUGGAGGGAGCACAGUGCCAGGAGUGUCAACAGCCCUGCGGAUGUGCUACGUAGGUUAUGGGUAUCCUUUAACUUUGUUUCUUGAGGAAGGAGGAGUGGUCACUGUUUGCAAGAUAAACACUCAAGAGCCAGAGGAGCCUAUAGACUUUGAAUUUUGCAGCAGUAAUGUUACAAACAAAGUGAUCCUGCAGUCAGAGAGUUUGAAGGACGCAUUCUCUGAACUAGACAUGACAAGUGAAGUGUUGCAAAUAACCAUGUCACCAGCCCAGCCAUAUUUUAGAUUGUCCACAUUUGGGAACUCUGGCAACGCACAUUACGAUUAUCCUAAAGACUCAGACAUGAUGGAGUUGUUCCAGUGCACAAAGACACAGACCAAUAGAUACAAGAUGUCAUUGUUAAAACCAUCAACCAAGGCUCUGGCAUUGUCUUGUAAAGUGUCUGUGAGAACCGACAACAGGGGCUUCCUGUCGCUGCAGUACCUGGUCAGGAACGAUGAUGGACAAAUUUGCUUUGUGGAGUACUACUGUUGUCCUGAUGAGGAAGGUGAAGAGGAAUGAUAAAAAAAAUAACCAAUUGAAAUAGCAUUAUCUAUUUUGAUGAAAGUUCAGCUAGUUCUGGUUUCUCAAUUCUAUGAUUAAGGCUGUGAGUGAUGAUCGCCGAGGAGUAUAUUCGCAGCAUGUUUUGAUCAGGUCGGCACUAGAAUGUCGGGUUCAGAGGAAUGGUCUGUUGAGGUCAUUAAAAGUGAUAACAAGGAUAUGAUUAAAAUUAUGGACAGGGUUAGAAAAUUGGCUCCAUCCUUCUAGACCUGGCUAUGUAGCACUAAUCUUUUAAUUGGUCAGACCGAGGACAGCUAGUAGCAUGAGUUGCUCAUCACCAUCCGUUUGGAGAGUGAAUGAAAGCUGCAAUUUGAAGACGCUUCAUGACUGCAAGGCUCAUAUUUAUGAUUAUUUCUAUUAUUUUACCACUUGCAUGUUCAGUUGACAAUGUGCCCACCUACAAGGUUCAA